AUGGAAGCAAGCAAAGAAUGGAGUCGGAACGACACGUUCCAACUGAUAGCUGUAUAUGAGGGCAACCCGUGCCUAUGGGAUGUGCAAUCUAAUCUCUACAGAGACAGGGGAAAGAAGGCGUUGGCAUGGAAAGAAAUUGGGGCAGUUGUGGAGAGAGAUGUUACAGAAUGCCAACGGAAGAUACACAACCUCCGCAAUCAGUACACAGCUGAGAUAAAGAAGAUGGGGAAAAAGAAGUCAGGGCAAGGCACUGAUGAAAACUACGUGUCUAAAUGGCCGUUCUUUCAAGUGCUAAUGUUCAUUAAGGGAGGAAUGGCAGGAAGAAAUUCAACAACUAAUUUGACUCCAAAACAGAAUGCCCCGGCUGAAGGGAAUGAAGAGGCUAUUCCAGUGGAAAACAAUGAUAACCAGAUUGACGAUGACCCUGACGAAAUUACCCCGCCACCCCCACACCCGGAAGUUCGUAAAUCUGCCAGAAAACGGAAAAGGAAAACUACUGAGAAUGAAAUUCUGCAAAAGGCCUGUGCUGUCAUGUCACAAGAAACAGAUGAAUUUGACACGUUUGGUACGUUCGUAGCAUCCGAUUUGAGAGGAUUGAAAAAUGAAUCGAAGAGAAGGAAACUGAAACGUAAGAUUCAAAGGAUGAUUCUGGAAAUGACAGAGAAUUCAGAUGAUGACCAACAGAGCCAGAUGACUACACCUCCAAGCACGUCCCGAAGCUCAACGACCAGCAUGAUGCUUCAAGGAUUCAACUAUCAGCCGGGUACAAAUUACAGUGGUGAAAAUAUGCCAUCGUUUGGCAUGCAGUAA